GCGCUGCCUCAGGCUCAACCCCGGACAAAACCACGAUUGGUGCUUUGCUCUCCAGAGUGGCAGUCUGUCGUCCACCUCCUGCGUUGUUUCAGCUUUAUAAAGGCGCGGAUCGGAGGACUAUCUCUCUCAUUUCAAAGGUGUAGUCAAAACCUGGGACAAUGAAUGGUAAGUCCACUAACGGGACGCUGGGGGGAAUGGCCUGCAUCGAGGGUCUACCGCCGCUGCCCAAGAGCCUGAGCGGGCUACUCAACUCCAGCGGCGGCUCCUGGAGAGAAAUGGAGAGGAUGUAUGUGAAGAAAACCAUGAUCCAGGACGAUCUGAGCAGAGGGAGGAACAACGGAGACAACCUGCUCGCGCACAAGCCGGCCAACCUGGACGCAGCCCUGGCUCUGCUGCGCAAGGAGAUGGUGGGCUUGCGUCAACAGGACAUGUCCCUCUUGUGUCAGCUCUGGUCCCUCCACGAGUCCAUCCAGGAGUACAAGGGCAGCUGCCAGGACCUGAGCGCCGCCUCCAGCCUCAGUAUGAUGGAGAACGGGUACUUUGACGAGGAUGAUGAGUUUUAUCCUGAACCCGGAGCCACGCCCACAGGGGACCAGCCCGAGGAUGGAGGGCUCGGGGGCACGACCGCAGAGAAAAAUGGGAGCGUUAGCAAAGAUGACAGCUGGGACUCCUUUGACGUCACCAUCUGAGGCCUCUACGCACUGUUUAUGGAUGUACGUUUUGAUGCAAAGUUUGGAUAAUUUUGCUCUCAUGGACAGGUGGACAUCUCAGGUUGAACUUGCAGCAAUGCAUUUUCUCAACCACAAAUAGAGCAAGAUGAACUACAAACUUCAAUAUGCUCAAUUUGGCAAUAUAUAUAUCAAUCUUUUUUUUAUAUUUGUUGCUGCUUCCGUAUCCAGCAGACCACAGUGAUGGUGCAGAACUUUUAUACAUAUAAUUCUAUGAACAAAGUUUUAUUAUUUAUUGCAUAUAAUAAAUAUCAGAUAUUUACUUUUACUUUCCUUCCAAGUUUCAUAGUCAAAUCAACAAGAAGAAAUGGAUGUAUGUAUGGACUCCACCUUGCGGAGAUAUUUCUUAACAUAAUUCUUAAGCUCUGGACCAAGGCUAAUGUAGAUGGCCACACAAUUUCCCAAAGCAUCAACAGAGUAGUUAAAUUGAACAGUGAACAUCUCUUGGAGUGUGUUUGUAGUGGUUCCUGUCAAAUCCAUAUGUUAGGUGAAUGUGUCUUGUUGUGUAACUCUAAAUGGUUUCUAGUGCCCUGCAACUAAUUUUGUCCACAGAAGGUACUGCAACAAACUAUUUCUACAGCCUUGGUCCAGUACUGCAUAUUUGUGUACUACUAACGUGAAAAUAGUUUGGAUCUUAGUGUAAACCUUUUGCCUUCUAAAAAUACCCUGCUCUAAAAUGUGAAAUGUUUAAAAUGCUGGAAUAAUGACUUGCCCGAAACCACCAGGUCUAAUGCAGACUCAUAAUUAUCUUCUGGGGACUAUGUUAUGUCUGUCUGCCUGUAACAGUGCGCUUUGUAUGGGCAACAGUUGUACUCUAUUACAGGUCUGUAGCAAAGUCUUACAUUUUUACCUAGCAUUUAUUGUGCUCACGCUAAGCUAAUCACUAGGGUCUAAAAUGUGGCAACAGAAGUGCGCAAAGUAUAAUCAAGUUUUGCUCAACCUGUUAACACUGUAGUGACUACAGCAAACAGAAAAAUGUUUUUAUAUUUACUUGAUACAAAAAUUGUAUUUUACAGUACAUGUAAUGGAAUAUAUAUAUACAAAAACAUUUUACUGUCAUGCAGGGUACAGGCAUUUAUAAUGAAAUUUAGCCAUGUUGAUUUUUUUUAUUGGUACCAACAGCUUGGAAUUUAGCUUCAUUAGCUGUAAUAAGAAUUAUUACAUUAUGACAAACCCUGUUUGUUAUAACAGUUACAUUAGCCCUCUAUACGGAGUACACAAACCAAAGAGGCCCCAAAAAAUUAAGUUUGGUUUAAUGGGUAAAAUAAUUCCUGCUUUAUUAGUCAUAUCUUAUACCUCGAAAAAUGUGGUUUGAGUUACAUUUUCAAAAUAUAUUGUCUGGGUAACAUCCUUAAGGCUACACUGAAAGUGCAUCAUCAUAAUUGUUCAAUCAAUUAACUAAAUGUCUUUUUUAAAUGUCGGUGUCAGUUUUGUGGUGUAGUUAAAAUCUUAAUUCCCUGUUGGAUAUAUGUUAUAGCUACCACCUGUUCUGAACCAGCAUUAAUCUGGCCCAGACAUCAAAUUACAAAUUGUUAUACCUAGCUUCAUGUCAUAUCUUCAUUUGGAUUGUGUACUGAAUGUUAGCGCUUUAAAGAACCACUCAAUGUAUUAUUACUGUUUGUAUAUGGCACUUGAAUGCAACACAGUCACGAAAUGUCAACAAUUGCUUCUCUGCACAGUGCUGCUAAUCUGAAGCUAAGAGCACACAUGACUAUCAGAUCGAUGCCAGUAAAUACGGAUGUACUAUUAGUGCCUUGGCUAAGCUGCGGACACAGACCUGCCGCUUGCCGCUCAAAAGAAAUUAACGUCAAGUUAAGCAUUAGGAUCUGAAAGUUUUUGCAAACCCGGUUUAGUGAGCAAUAUAACAAGUAGCAAAGCCGCAAAUCUUUCUGACCUCUUCAAUACAAUUCAUGUCUACACACAACAUAUCCACUGUGUAGCAAUCUAAAAACGGCCUUAAAACGUGAUGUUGUGUGCACUCUUCACUUGUCUGUGGCUGUUGUGUAAAAUAUUUGAACUAAAACUACCUGAGUCCAUUAAAACCACCUAAAUCCAGCACAAGAGAAAGAGCUUUUUUAACACCAGCAAGUGUUCGUAAUACUUUUGCAGUGUGUUGUAAACAUGUCCAUGUAACAAUGCUAUAUGUAAUGACAAAGUGUAAAUCAAAGUACACAUUUGUACAUAAGUUCAUAGGAUACUCCAAUAAAUACAUAUCCACAGAUCUGACAGACAGUAGACUGGUCUAAUGAAGUAUAUAAGGUGCGUUAUGUAACUUCUCUUGUGAAGGGUCUGCUACCUGCUUGUUUCUAUGGAGAGGCUAUUGCUUUGUCUGGAGUGUUUCACAUUAUGGCAUUAAACUGUUUGUCUCCUUGGAGAUACAGAAGUUCCCAUACUAUGGAACAUUCUAUGCAAAUAAGAAACAUUUCUGGGCAGGUCCUGUACUCUCCACAAGAAAGUUACAUAGUGCAUCUUUUAAAUUACAGUUCACUAAAUUGACUUGGAAAUAUGCUAAAUGUUUGUUCCAAGUGGUCAGUUCUUGUUUUCAAAUAUCUGUAUAAUUAGGGACAUUAUUGGUGAAUGAACUUGCUAUUAUUCUAAAGCUGUUUUAGGGCAAAUUUACACUUUGUCAAAUGAUCACAUGCUGCAUUGUAUGUGUCCCAUUUUAUAUGAUUGUUGAUGUUUCAUUGGUGAUGCCUCCUCAGGGUAAAACUAGUGGCAGUGAUGUAAAGUGAUGUUGUGGUUGAUAUUGUAUGGACAGUGGUAACAUGAUAUUGGUGCUGUAUUCAUUUGCAUGGGUUCUGGGGAUGGGUGAAUAUUGUUUUCACGUGAUCCAUUGCGUUUUGGUGCAAACCCUUGAUAUUCUGAGAGCACAACUUUGUAGUGCCAUGUUUUGUGUAUAGUCCAUGCACAAUACAACCAUACUAUAACUGGAUGUAUAAAAGAUGAUUGUGACCUUUUUGUAGGAAAUGUAUGGGAAGAAUUAACUUUACACCAAUUCGGUCUUAUAAACAAUAUAGUCCUUUUCCAAAUCUUUGCCUAUCAAACUAUCAACUUUAAAGGAAAAUUGUUACAUUGUUAUGCUGGAUUGGUGUAAGAUUAGAAUGAAGUGGUCAAGUGGUUUAAAACAAAUAGUAUUUCUUCCAUUAAUAUAUGCAUUUAAAAAGAGCCUUACUAAAAAAAAUGGCCACUGUUUCUGUACAAGUACAUGUAUGAUUGUUUUGUUGUUCAAAUGUUAUCUUAUUUACAAACCACAGUGAAAAGUGUUCAGUGUUGAUCCAAGUGACUGUGAAAAUGAGAAGGCUGUGUGCAUCUGUGGUUCAACUUUGACCUACUACUGUUUACUAGGACUAUGUUAAGUCUCUGCUAUCUAUAUAUCGUUUAUUAAACUGAUAAUGUACUUU